CCUCAUCAUUUUUGUCCAGCCUCCGAAGUCAACUGAAAUAAAUACUGCGUUGUUCACGUCCUCACAUCCACGCAUUCGCAUAACUGACAAGUUCAGCUCUCCUUCAUACACAGCGCUGCAUACCUUCAUACAUUCAACAUGACCCACCAGUUUCCAUCUCUCUCUCCGGAGCAGAAAAAGGAGCUUGCCACAAUUGCCCAGCGCAUUGUAGCUCCUGGAAAAGGCAUCCUGGCUGCAGAUGAAUCUACAGGAACAAUGGCAAAGCGUCUUCAGAAGAUCAAUGUGGAGAACACUGAAGAGAACCGGCGAUUUUACCGUGACAUCCUCUUCUCUGUAGAUCCCUCAAUCUCUGAAAGCGUGGGUGGUGUCAUCUUUUUCCACGAAACACUUUACCAGAAAUCAGACACGGGAGUUCUUUUUCCACAGCUUAUCAAGAAUAAGGGCAUCGUAGUUGGUAUUAAGGUGGAUAAAGGCACAGCAGGACUGAAUGGAACAGAUGGAGAGACGACCACACAGGGAUUGGAUGGUCUGUCUGAACGCUGUGCCCAGUACAAAAAGGACGGUUGUGAUUUUGCCAAAUGGCGUUGUGUGCUUAAGAUCUCCGACAGCUGUCCCUCUUCUCUCGCCAUCGCUGAGAACGCUAAUGUUCUCGCUAGAUAUGCCAGCAUUUGCCAACAGAAUGGCCUGGUGCCUAUCGUAGAGCCUGAGAUUCUCCCAGAUGGAGAUCACGAUCUGCUACGGUGCCAGUACGUUACUGAGAAGGUCCUGGCAGCUGUAUACAAGGCUCUCUCUGACCAUCAUGUGUAUCUGGAGGGUACUUUACUCAAACCAAACAUGGUAACUGCCGGACAGUCCUGCACCAAAAGGUACACCCCACAGGAGGUUGCCAUGGCAACAGUUACUGCUCUCAGACGCACUGUGCCAGCUGCUGUACCGGGCAUCUGCUUCCUCUCGGGAGGCCAAAGUGAGGAGGAGGCAUCUCUGAAUCUGAAUGCCAUUAACCAGACCCCCCUUCCCAAACCCUGGAAGCUGACAUUCUCUUAUGGCCGUGCCCUCCAGGCCUCGGCUCUUGCCGCAUGGAAGGGACAAGCAGCGAACAAGAAGGCCUCGCAGGACGCCUUUGUCACGCGUGCCAAGAUCAAUGGUCUGGCAUCAAAAGGUGAAUACAAACCCUCAGGCCAGUCUGGACAAGCUUCAACACAGUCUCUCUUUACCGCAAGCUAUGUCUACUAAACCGAGCAACAUAUUACAAUCCCAACUUAUGGUGGACAAUUUCCAUGCAAAGGUUGCAUGCAAGAUCCCAAAAAUAUUGAAGAUGACACGAAACUGCCUUAAUGUGUACAAUUGCGAUGCACAUGCAUUUUUACUUGAAAUUUACCAAAGAUGUCAAUCAAUGUGACUCAACUGGAAAAACUAAUCGUGGACUGGUAUUAGUUUUUAUGUAUUUGCACAGGCUGUUGGUUGUAAUUUUGGAAUAAACGUAAUAAAAUGGCUUCUUUAUUUGA